AUGUUUAAUAAUAAAAAUAGUUCAAUAGCAGGAGUUGGUGUUUUUUUCAAAGAUAAUGAUUCACGAAAUAUAUCUGAAAGAUUACCUGAAAUACAACAAACAAAUAAUAGAGCUGAAUUAUAUGCAGCAGAUAGGCUAGCAUUUUUAGGUUCUCAAAAAUCAUUUGUUAAAAAUUUAAAUUUUAAUUCGAGUAAUAAGGAAAAAAUUGAUUUUUAUUUUACUAAAAAAGAGCAAACAGAUAAUUCAGAUACUGCACAAGAUUCUUAUUUAAAUGAAUUUUUUCGUAUUCUUAAGAUAUUAGAAAAUGAUAAAGAUCAACAAAAGUUAACAAUUGAAACUAAAAACAAAAAUAUUUAUUUAAUGCUAAAAGAAGAAAGAAUUAAAUAUUGGUUAAAGAAUAAUUGGUGUCAUAAAGAAACUAAUGAGAAACUUAAAGCUCCAAAAGAAAUAUAUAUUAAAAUUAAAGAGUUAAUAGAUAGUAGAUCUAAAGAAAUUGAUUUU